UUUCAACCUCCAACACAGGACAACAACAACCAACGUUCGAACCAUGUCUUCCCAAGUGAGACAGAACUUCCAUCAGGACUGCGAGGCUGCAAUCAACAGGCAGAUCAACCUGGAGCUGUACGCCUCCUACGUCUACCUGUCCAUGGGUUACUUCUUUGACCGGGAUGACCAAGCAUUGCACAACUUUGCUAAGUUCUUCCGUCAUCAGUCGCUGGAGGAGCGUGAGCAAGCUGAGAAGCUAAUGAAACAACAGAACCAGAGGGGGGGACGGAUCUUCCUCCAAGAUAUCAGGAAACCAGAGAGAGACGAGUGGGGCAGUGGGAUCGAGGCUCUUGAAUGUGCCCUGCAGCUGGAGAAGAGCGUGAACCAGUCACUGCUGGAACUGCACAAGCUCUGCGCUGAUCACAAUGACCCACAUAUGUGUGAUUUCAUCGAGACGCACUACCUGGACGAGCAGGUGAAGUCCAUCAAAGAGCUUGGAGACUGGGUGACCAACCUGCGUCGCAUGGGAGCUCCAAGCAAUGGCAUGGCCGAAUACUUGUUUGACAAACACACCAUGGGCAAAGAAAGCAGCUAGAUCCCUGCAUAGUUCCUUCACAGACGCCUCUUUAUAUGUAUAUUUGUAUCAUGCGUCUAAGUAUUUUAAACAAUAUUAAGGCGUCUGCAUGAUAGUGGCUUGUCAUUUGGAACCUGUUAUAUUCUUCUUUACAUCGCCGUUUCCUGUAAUCUUAACAUCUAUGACACGCCUGAGUGCUAUUCCAUUCCAAUCGUCUCUCAUAUCUUGCUCUCUCUCGUUUAGCUGCAUUCUUGUCAUUACUAUGUGUUUGCUGAGUUUUAUGCCAAGAACUGUUGAAAAAUUGAGCCCUCUGGAUUCUGAAAAAAAAAAAAAAAAAAAAAAAAAAGAAUAAACAA